AUGGGGUUUGGCUGGACAACACACGUGCAUGGUCAAGUGACUCCACCUCCAUCAACUGUAGUGGCUCUUGGAGAUGAUGUAUCAUUGACAUGUACCUCUACAGAGAGCAACCCAACAUUCACAUGGACAUUUUUAUCAGAUGAUGUACAAUCUCAGCUAUUAUUCUAUGGGGAUUCAGAUAGUGCAAUUGCGCCAAGAUAUGAUAAUAUAGUGCUACGUAGCAGUCCUAAUGUUCAUACGUCAAUAUUAGGAAUCAAUACUAUUCAGCUAGAAGAUGAAGGGCGGUAUCAAUGUAGUACAACAACAACCUUAACUCCACCUGUAGCCACAGUGGUGUUUGUGGAAGUUGGAUCCGCUUCACAACCAAUAUGUUUGGAAAGCCCUCAUGGUUACACCAAAUAUAUAGCAACAUGUGAGGCCAUUGGAAGCAAACCAGGAGAGAAUAUUACAUGGAUUUUAGAUGGUGUUAUUCAGACUGAUGGUAUAGCGCAAACAGGCACAACUGGGAGAGGUGAUUCUCUGUUUGAUACAACGAGUGUGUUCACAUUUCUAGCAACAGUUGGAAAUUACAAUGCGACAUUGGGGUGUAUCAUCGGCGGUCAUCAAGUUAACAAGUUGAACAGACAAGAAACAAGAUUGGUUGAUAUACAAAACCCACCAAAAGCCAGAGGCAUUACAAUUGAUUUAAACAGUGAUGGAACAGACCUCACAGUAUCAUGUGAAAUUAAUAAUGAUGUAGAUGAAGCUAUUCCACCCAUGGAAUCAUUCUGCAUAUAUUCUAAUGGAUCCCUUGUCACCAAACCAGUGUCAGCUAACAGUGUUACUGUCUCAGAGCCUGAUUAUGAUACAGAAUACAUGUGUGUAGGAGGAAACUAUCUGGGAAAUACUUCAGCAUCAGAAACGUUUUAUCCAGGCAGAACCAAUUGGCAAACGGCCACUGUAACCGGUAAUUCGCCAGCAGCAGCGGGGACUGAUGUUACACUCACAUGUGAUAUUACAGGUGGAACACCGUCUACAAUUCUAUGGGUAGAUGAUAGUAUAUCUCCCCCUGACAAUUUCUUUUCCGGGACGGCCCCUUUCAGUAGUAGUGCAAAAUUCAACAACUUUGAUGUAACUACACUAACAGCCACUCAAUCAGUGAUGACCAUUUCUAGUGUUGAAGUUACAGAUGAUGGAAUAUAUCGAUGUGAUGUUGUGGGAACUGAUAGCAGUAUCGACUUUGUGGUCGAAGCUGCACCAACUAUGACAUUGACCGUGAUAAGUGAGCUGAAAGACAAUGAGGAUAUGUAUCAAGCAACAUGUGAUGCUGUUGGAAGCAAACCACUAGUUACCAUUUCGUGGACUCUAAAUGGAGUUGCACGGACUGAUGGCAAUGAGAACGCGAUAGAUGAAACAAACCCAACAGUUACCCCGCCUUUAUCCAAUACAAGGAGUGUGUUGACAUUCCCAGCAACUCAAGAGAAUUAUGGACAGACUUUGGUUUGUCAGACCACUGGACAUCAGCUCACAGAACUGAAGAGACAGGAAUCAAGCGAUUUGAAUAUGCAUAGCUCUCCAUCUACCGCUGGCACUAUUGCCACUGCUGAUUAUACAACCCUAGGAACAGACAUCAGAGUGACAUGUACUCCACGGAAUGAACCCACUCCACCAAUGAGAAACUACUAUAUAUUCUCUAAUGGAACCCUGAUACAUGAAUCAAUGGAAAAUGUGAAGGAAGUCACUGUGUUAAAUCCGGUAGCUGGCACGGAGUUCACGUGUAUGGCUGGCAAUUACCUUGGAAAUACAUCAAUUAGUGCAGCGAUUCGAUAUGACUCAACUGCAACAAGAACAGCCACCCCUCCCCCGACAACUGGUAUGUAG